AUGGAACAAGGGAACAUUAAGCCCGAUGAGUACAUCUAUAGCAUUGCUAUACAUGCCUUAUGCAAAGAUAGAAUGGUAGAUGCUGCAAUUAAUCUUUUGAAUGAGAUGAAACAAAAAGGCAUCACUGUGGACAUUGUCACGUAUAAUUCAUUGAUUGAUGGGCUCUGUAAGUUUGGACAGUGGGAAAAGGUUAGGAUUUUGCUCUCUGAAAUGGUAAAUUCGAAUAUUUAUCCAAAUGUGCGCACCUUGACCAUAGUGACAGAUGGACUAUGCAAAGAGGGAAAAGUCGAAGAUGUUGAGGAGGUAAUGAGACACAUGAUUGAAAAAGGUGUAGAGCCAAAUAUAGUAACCUACAAUGUUAUAAUCGACGGAUAUUGCUUGCGCGGACAAAUGGAUAGAGCAAGGAGAAUUUUUGAUUCGAUGAUAGAUAAGAGCAUUAAGCCUGACAUUAAUGGACUUGUCGAGAAAGCUAUGUCGCUAUUUCAUAAGUUGGAAAUACAGAGAGAAGAUACUGAUAUUGAAUUUUACAAUGUUGUAAUUAACGGAUUGUGCAAAAAUGGUCAGCUCGACAAAGCUCGUGCUAUUUUUGAGAAGCUUUCCUUAAUUGGAUUAUUUCCCGAUGUGAUAACAUACAAUACAAUUAUAAAUGGAUUUUGUCUAGAAGGAUUGUUAGAUGAAGCUAAAAAUAUGCUAAGAAAAAUGGAGGAGAAUGGUUGUUCGCCAAAUAAUGGCACCUACAAUGUUAUUGUGCGAGGAUUUCUGAAAUUCAGCAAAAUAAGUGAAAUGACAACUUUUUUGAAGGAAAUGACCGAAAGGGACUUCUCAUUUGAUGCAAGUGGUUCACUUAAAACUAUAGCAUGUAGUGGACUACCCAAAAUUGAGGAAGCAUGCCAAAAUCUGCAGGAUCAUCUAAAUACUUCUGACCUCAAGUGUGGUGAAAAGCUUAAGAUGAUUUNAGGAAAAAAGGAACAAGGAACAAAGAAGCAGGACAUUGUGGCUGAAGUGAAUAAUGAAAGGGAAGAGGGUAAAAAUAUAGAAGGAGUACAAUCAAAAGAGAUAAUCAAAUCACAAGAGCAAAAUGAGGAAGAGGGAUGGCAGAUAGUUAAGGGAAAGUCAAUAGUAAGAUUUGGAAAACAUGGAGGGAAUAGUACGGGGGCAAUAAUGAAUGGAGGGAGUACACCUGAACCUACAAGCUCCCUGAUGAUAGGCAUGGGAACCAGUAGUAGUAAUACAUGGGAGGAGAUGAAGGAGUAUGAAGCACCUUUUAUUUCCAGAUGA